UCUCUUUUAGAGACCCGGAAGUGCCCGCUGCUCUACCGGAGCGCAGGUCGCAGGUUCCCGUGACACCCGAGCGGACCGACCAGUCAUGACGUUCAGCCUCCGGUUAGCCCGUCUGUUACGCUUGAGGAGCCGCUCGGUCCUGGAGGCUCUUCAGACCCGUCCCUUCUCUGCGCAUGUCCGUCCCAGCACUCAGCAGGGGGCGAUGGACGAGCUGCUGGCCCGGGUCGUCGCCCCGGUGCCCUCCUACGAGACCCGGGACAAGGUCCCCCCGCCUCCGGAGGCGGACAGCGGGGACUUCAUGAUGUUCUACCGCCGCCUGGAGCGGGAGCACCGGGGCCGGCUCCUGGAGCGGCUGUCGGGGGGCUUCGGGGUGGACCACCGUCGGGUGGCAGAGCUCUGCGGAAGGCUGGCGGACACGCAGAGCCGCGACCCGGCUACGGUGCUGCAGGCGGAGGACCGGCUCCGGUACGCACUGACGCCCCGUUACCGACAGCUGCUGAACGGCGUCAGCAGAGCCGACGGCGGGGUCAAGUUCCUGGUGGACCUCCGAGCGGACCUGCUGGAGCUCAUGGCCUCCAAGAACCACGAAGGGCCCAACAUCAGGGACCUUAAUGGGACUCUGAAGAGCAUGCUGUCUGAGUGGUUCUCUGUGGGCCUCCUUCAGCUUCAGAGGAUCACCUGGCAGUCGCCCUGCGAGAUCCUUCAGAAGAUCAGCCAGUAUGAGGCAGUCCACCCGGUGAGAAACUGGACAGACAUGAAGCGCAGGGUGGGCCCGUACCGCCGCUGCUACGCCUUCACCCACGCAGCCAUGCCCGGGGAGCCUCUGGUGGUGCUGCAUGUGGCCCUCACCGAGGACAUCUCCGACAACAUACAGAGCAUCGUUCGGGAAUUUGCUAAUCUGGACGCCAAGGAGGACGUAAACCAGAUCAACGCGGCCAUCUUCUACUCCAUAUCCUCCACCCAGGCAGGGCUGCAGGGGGUGGAGCUGGGGAACUACCUCAUCAAGAGGGUGGUGCGGGAGCUUCAGGCGGAGUUCCCUCACCUCACCUCCUUCUCCAGCCUGUCCCCCAUCCCGGGCUUCUCCUCCUGGCUGCAGGGCCUCCUGCUGGGGCUGAGCCGCAGGGAGGCGCGGGGCGGCGGGCCGGACCUCCUGUCGGAGCAGGAGUGGAGGGAGGUGGAGGAGGCCACGGGCCUGGCCCCAGGGGCCCCGGCGGUGGAGGAGCUGCGGCGCCUCCUGGCGGCGGGGGAGUGGCUCCGGUCAGAGCGCCUGGCCCUCCUGCUGGAGCCCGUACUGAUGCGUCUGUGCGCCUGGUACCUGUACGGCGAGAAGAGGCGGGGCUACGCCCUCAACCCCGUGGCCAACUUCCACCUGCAGAACGGCGCCACCCUGUGGCGGCUCAACUGGCGGGCGGACACCAGCCCGCGGGGCGUGGCCGGCUCCUGCGGCAUCAUGGUCAACUACCGCUACUUCCUGGAGGAGACGGCGAGGAACAGCGGCCUCUACCUGCAGGACCGCAGCAUCGCCGCCUCGGAGACGGUGAUGGGGCUGGUCGCACAGUUCCAGAAAAACAGCAAGCUGUGAGGGGGAGACGGAGAGAGGAGGUGCACGGCAUGGGAGGCACAGAGCCUGGGACAUGCUUUACACUCUAAUGCAUAAUAAUAUGUCUAAUUAUUCUAUAAUUGAUGUAUUAUUAUAUCAUGCAUAUUCAGUAGGUCUACAAGCACUGGUCUGUAUUGUAAGACGCUCGGAGCAGCGAUGAGGACGUUAUCCACCGCCAAACGUCCCCCGGACACUUGACAAAUAUUAGGACGGUGUUUGACCCACUGGUGAACACUGACUUUAUGAGGCCAUGAAUCUGUUUUACGGCUGGGCUCUGCCUGGGAGCCAACAGGCCAGGGCUCACUCGGCCAAUCAGAGAGCUUGUUUGCUCAUACAAAACGUUGGCUGUGAAUAGAAGGAUAUAAAACGACUAAAUAAUGAGGGAGGAGUCCGGAGAAGAUUCUGAAAUAAAUUUGACUGAUUCCUUCUUCUGCCUCAGUGGUCCAAUGAUUAAAAAAAUCAACCGACGA